CUCAUUUGGGCCUGAGCUACCCGCAACUACCGCACGUUAGGUAUUGAGGCAAAACAUAGCAAAGCAGCUUCGUUGUGAAGAGUAAGAAAUGGAGGGGUCGACGAGCCAAGGGCAUGUGGUUGGGAUUCCGGUGAGCAGCAGAGCUUAUGGCAUCGAGGAGCCGGACUUCCCGGUGGAAGAGGAGACGCCCGAUCAAGGCGGUUUCGUCGGUUCCUUCCAGUCCAACCAAGAUGAGAACAGCUCGACAGCCGAUCGGCCGACGAGCAAACAUGGAAGGAAGGGAGACAAGAUCGCUAAGGGCAUUAAAGAACAUGUGACUCUUGGGCCCAAACUGUCUGACACGGUCAAGGGGAAGCUCACGCUGGGCAUGAGGAUCCUCCAGGCCGGCGGCGUGGAGAAAGUGUUCAGGCAAUGGUUCUCCGUGGACAAGAACGAGAAGCUGCACAGGGCCUCGCAGUGCUACCUCUCGACGACGGCGGGGCCGAUCGCCGGCCUGCUCUUCGUGUCCACGGCCCGGGUCGCCUUCCGCAGCGACCGCUCCCUGGCGGUGUCCACCCCGCACGGUCACAAGGCGCGCGUGCCGUACAAGGUAACGAUCCCGCUGCGGAAGGUGAAGGCGGUGCGGCCCAGCGAGAACAUGCACCGGCCGGAGCAGAAGUACGUCCAGCUCGUCACCAACGACGGCUUCGAGUUCUGGUUCAUGGGGUUCGUCAGCUACAACCGGUCGCUGCAGCACCUCGAGCAGGCCGUCGCGUACGCGCAGGCGCAUGACGACGUGCAUGGCGUGGAGCACUGGAGCUGGUAGUUUCUUCGUGUGCGCACCGUGUCUUGUGUUGUGUAGUUGGGCUAGUUCUGUGUAUGUGUAGGCUGCAACAUGUCGUUGUAUAUUUGGGGGUCGCCUCGUGGAUUAAUCGGCUGGUUAGCAAGUUGGUUAGAGGCGAUCAAUCCGGGCAUGUGAUCUUUUUGGGGGUUGGGGAAGAGGAAAAUUCAUGAGGUGGAACAGAUAUCUUUGGGCGCCAAUGGCAAAAGUGCCAUCAAUAUCCAUUCUUCUCUCGAGAAAAAGAUGCGUUGAAAUUGUAUUGUGCUAUCAAAGGGCCUAUCGAAAUUUUCGUUUUCACACAAAAUGAAAUCUCGUGCGUAUUAGCACCUGUAACUCCAUUAAGAUCUGGCAUAAACUGAUGUACAGGAUGAUAUUAAGAGCUAUUUGUAGCUA